CUUCGGCUCCGGCUGUCCAAACACUACAACUCCGUCAUCAACUUCACUUGCCUCAACACCAUUCGCCGCUGUAGCGCUCAUCAAUGUCGCCUGCACUCACUGUUCCCGCGUAUUAACAGAUAUUUCCAAUUGAUAGAACUGACAAUGAGAGGCCCUCGCUGACCGUUCAGGUAUCUUGAGAGCUCGACUUGACCUCCAAAGAGCGACCAUCGAUCCCCGCCCAACCGCUCCUCCAGAAGCUCUCUAUCUGGAAAGGCCAACACGAUGGCUACUCCCCAGUCAAUGAAACCUGCCCCGUCGCAGCAGGGAAAGACCCCCCAACAAUCGCACCAUGGCGCAACUGGCACCCCCGGCGCGUCUGCCUCCACUCCGUACUCGAAUCUUCACGCCUUCUCUCCUCACGGUCCGAGAUCGUCUCCGCAGCAGAUUAAGAAGUCGCCUGCGACUACCGGUACCUUGAUGGGGAGCAACAGCCAGCAUGGUGCCGCAGCUAUGAACUUCGACAGCCCAUCCGCCGCAGCCUUCAUGGCUAGUUUCGAUGCGUCCCUAGUGGACAAUAUGGGCAUCACAUCAAUGGGCAUGCCGCGACCCAGUGGAGAUGAGGAGAGGCAGAACAGGCUAGAUGACGUGAUACAGAUUCUGGGGCAAAAGAGGGGCGUUGUGAGCAACGAGGGCCUGGAACGACUGACUAAGAAGGUUGGCCUCGACACCUUGUGGGAAGACACCGGUCCAAACAUGAAGACUUUCGUCAUUGCAGGUGCUACUUUCACCCUGGAAAUUGGCAUGAAAGACCACGUUGUGCAGACGGUCGGUCUGGAGUUCACAAAUUCAAAGGACUCCGUGACGAAAUACGCAAGCAAAGCCGAGGCAAUUCUCCUAGAUGACCUGAAAUUGGCACCCGGUCAACACCCGUGGACCAAGACUCUCGACAAGUUUGCCGCAAAUCUGGAACGGCUCACAGCCUUGGAUAAGCUGAGCGUCAUGGACAAGGCCCUGAAGCCUCACUUUUUGACCCACGACGCUGUGGCCGGACUGUACGAGAGCCUGGAAAAACUACACGAGUGGGAUGCCAAGCGACUCCAUGAAGAUGCAGAGCUUAGUACGAAUGGUGAAGAUCACAUCAGAGUCGUCGCGAUGUGUGAGCGGAACGGCCGACCAGUCAUGCACGAGAGAGGGCACGUGGGUAUGUCACUGGACUACUGGCGCGAACGCAGGCUCUACAUCCCCCACAGCGAGCAAGCCAAAGAGAAGAACAAGAGCCCCAAGACCUGGGGAAUCCUCAUCGGUUGCGCGCAAAGGGAUCCCCUCUACCCUGCUCCUGUCAGAGUGUCCAGCGAGUGGCUGGCGGAUGACAUCCAGCUGCCAGCCACAGACGGACUGCAAGAGCCCAUGCUGAAUUGGCAACAACCACCAGACUGCAUCAUACCUGGAGUCGACAGCUCGGAAGCCCACGACGGACUGAUGGGGCUGUCGGGCCCAAAACUACCUGAUGUCAUGUUUAUAGCGGCAUUCGACCCGCCUGUCACUCUUCCAUACACUGUGUGGAUAGAGAUGCGACAUGUGACGGGAGCACCUGUUGGCGACCCGCCACCAUAUAUGCCCACAUUUGACAGCCUCAUAUUCCCUCCUGGCCCUCAGUAUAACGCAGCCGAGCCAAGGGUGAUCGCUGCGCCGAAAUUGGUCAAGGGAUUCACCAAGGACAAGACCCCGGCUCCCAAGACAUAUGAGAACCGGCUGUUCAUACAUAAGCCUGUUUACGGGCAAGCCUUGACCGAGCUACCGUUCUCUCACCCGUCGCAGCUGGUUGCGAUGCUUCCCACGCUGCGCCAGUACGUUUUCCUUCAGAUUCUCCUCGACAAGGCAAUCAGUGGCGGGGAGGAGAGGCCUUUUGCUUCGGUAAAGACCGUGGCAGAUGAACAUGAAGCAGCCAGGACGGUCAUCGCGAAGGCAGACGAUUUCGACGCCUGGAUUAACGAGGACAAAACGGUCACGGAAGCUCAGCAGGGCGAGCAGGUCACCACCGCGGCGCCCACAGAUGAGCGAAAAGUCAAGAUUGACAUCACAUUGAACGCCCACCCCCAACCUGACCCCAAGCUACAAGUCGUGUUCCCUUACCGUGGCCGGCUGGCACAGAUCACGAUCGACAUCGAGCGCAACGGUGUGGUUCAGGUUGAGUCGUGUAACAUCGUCGAUGAUGAGGGCCGGGUAAUUGACGAGAGGGGCAGCCCCGUCGAGGGUGCGGCGCCGAACCCGGCGUGGGGCAAGGAGCGCCUGGGGCGGCUGCUGAUGUUCUUCGAGGACAUUAGCCUCUGGUGUGAAUGGAUACGAAUCAACGUUGCGCCCUGACCCAUGGGCCCGGAACGCGCCUACUUCAACAACAGUGGAAGCGACUCUGACGGCUCCGAUCCAACACAGCCAACAUGGAGCCGGAGUCUCAAGAGCUGUGUGAAGCUAGGUGAAUCAGGUCGUCAGACUUGAAUAUUCUGACCCUGGCUUUACGUUGUAUAUUGUGACAUAGCGAGAGCAAGCCGACGCGGAGGCUCGGGAAACGAAGACCUCAUCAAUAUGAGGACAUAGUUCUGGAUCUGACAGCUCAAGAAAGAUGGCCAUGGCCGAGGACUUGUUCAGACAAGCCACUCGGAAAUGAAGGGGCCGAUUUGAUAGGUCUUGAAGAAAUGAUACCCCCUUUUGUUUUCUAUGCGAAGCCACAGAGUAAGUCAAUAGAGUGCGCGGCAACUUUGCAGGCGAGAGGUCAAUAAUGGAACGUAAUUUUAAAUGUGAAGACGAGGUGGUAAGGAAAAGGGGGACGGGCCGCUGGACCCCAGGCUGAUGAGCAAAGAAGACUGGGGACGGCCGCGUGCCACUGGGACUCUUGUUCGUCGAUUUGUACGGGCGGGACCCACUGGGGCAGGACGGGACCCUUCGCCUGGGGGAAGGGGGAAGGGGGUUUGGCUGCGCUGCGGACCGAGAAGGGGAGGGAGUGAUGACAACAGAGGCGCACGAAGC